AUGUCUAAACCUUUAACUUAAACAUUAAUUGCUUAAAAAGCUAAGACAGAAGCUUUGUACAGCAUUAAAUCAUUGAAUUUAUGGGGCAAUGAUCUUGAUGAUAUCUCCAUUAUUGAAAGACUCACUAAUGUUGAAGUUCUUCCCUUGUCAUUAAUAGGAUUACUGCUCUUGCUGAUAUUGCAAAAUGCAAGAAUAUAAAAGAACUGUAUUUGAGAAAAAACAAUAUUUCAAGUAUCACAGAAUUGCAAUUCCUAUAACAAUUACUUAUAAUUAAAAGUCUUAUGGCUUCAAGGUAUAAUUUAAUCAUAUAUUUAUAGAAAAUUCAAUUGCUGAUCAUCCUAAUUUUAGAGAUGCUGUAAUUUGUAAUUCUUCAACACUUGAAAAAUUGGAUGAUGUUGUUUUUAGUCAACAAGAUAGAGCAAAUGCUUAAUAAGAAAUAACAUAUUGA